AUGGAUCUCUCCUCUCUCCGCCACCUCAUCCAGUCACACCCCCUCAUUGACAACCACGCCCAUAAUCUAUUGACGCAGUCCGCCGCCUGUAAUUACGCCAAAUACCCCUUCGAACAGAUCACCUCCGAGGCCCAGGGGACGGCUCUACACAAUGCCCCCGCUAGUUUGCCUUUAUGGCGUGCGGCCGCCCAGUUGCAGCGCCUGUACGGCUGUGCCUCAGCCGACUGGGACGCCGUGAAACGGGCCCGAGACGAAUACGUCCAGCGUGACUAUGACGGUCUCGUGCGGCGAUGUCUGCAGGGCACGCACGCUCUGCUGCUGGAUGAUCUGCUCACCGAUCAAGAUAUCGAGCCCUACGGAUGGCAUGACCAGUUCGCCGCCGCGCGCACCCGCCGCAUCGUACGCAUCGAAGCGCUGGCGGCGCAGACGCUCGGCUCGCUACGGGAUGGCGUGACGGAUUUCGACGACGAGACGGCCAUGCGUGAUGUGUGGCUGAAAUUCCGACAGGACGUCGAGCGCCAGAUCUCUGAGGCCAUUGCCGACGACGCCGUCGUGGGCUUCAAGUCUGUCGUGUGCUACCGGACGGGCCUGAAUGUACAGGCUCACAAUGAUGCUGACGACACUGUCGUCACCGCGGCCUUGUCGCGCUGUCUGCGUCGCGAGGGACCUCCGCGCGUCGAGGAUAAGCCGCUGAACGACUGGCUGGUGCGCCUGCUGUUGACGCUCGUGCAGGCCGUGGGCGUGCGCAAACCUCUGCAGCUGCAUACGGGACUGGGUGAUAACGAUAUCGACUUGGUGCUCUCCAACCCGGCGUACCUGCAGCCGUUGGUGGCGCGGUUCCCCGGUGCCGACUUCGUGCUGCUGCAUUCGGCGUAUCCGUAUACGCGCGAGGCGGGCUAUCUGGCCUGCGUCUACGACAAUGUGUAUCUGGAUCUAGGUGAGGUGUUCCCCAUGGUGAGUCGCGACGCCCAGGAGGCGAUCGUGCGACAGGCGCUGGAGAUCGUGCCGACGAAUCGCCUGCUGUGGAGUACCGACGGGCACUUCUUCCCCGAGACCUUCUGGCUGGCCAACGUGCAGUUCCGCGAUGCGCUGGAGACAGUGCUGGUGGACUAUGUGCAGCAUGGCGAUUUCUCGCUGCAGCAGGCGCGCUCGGCCGCGGCUGAUAUUCUCUUCCACAACUCGAACCGGGCCUAUGCUUUGAACGAGAUCCUGUCGUCGGACAGUCUCUCUCUCCCACUCAGACCCUCUUCCUCUUCCUCCACCGCGCAGCUGGACCUCUUCCUGCGUGACCACCCCGAUAUCAAAUACAUCUGGAUGCAAUUCCUCGACUACACGGCCACCACGCGCGUGCGCAUGUUCCCCGUGCGCGAAUUCCGCAAGAUCGUCGCCCGCCAGCGCCGCAUCGGCAUCUGCCUAGCCACGCAAUUCAUGAUCCAGACCGACUGCGUAGCCCCCGAAGGGUCCGUGACAGGGCAAUUCUACAUGCAGCCCGAUCUCAACACCCUCCGACGCAACGCAGGCCUCUCCUCCCCCUCCGCCUCCGUCAUGACCUUCUGGCAAUCUGAAACCAACCACGACGAGCACAUCCCGGGCUGUCCCCGCUCCCUCCUCCACGACCUCACCACCACCCUAAAACAAUCCCACAACGUCACCGUCACCUGCGGCUUCGAAAUCGAAGUCAUCUUCCUCAAGCCCAACUCCACCCCCACCGGCCCGGGCUCCUCCUUCGUCCCCAGCGUCUCCAACCACUCCUGGUCCCAAAUGACCCCCGACACCCGCUCCCUACUCCCCAUCCUCGAAGAGAUCGUCGAAACCCUCGACUCCGUGGACAUCCACCUGGAACAAUUCCACGCGGAGUCCGCCCCGGGACAAUUUGAAUUCAUCCUGCCUCCCGGCUCGCCCCUCCAAGCCAUCGACACCCUCCUCCAAGCCCGCCAGAUCAUCACACACAUCGCCGAACAACACGGUCUCCGCGCAACGCUGCAUCCCCGCCCGAUCCCCGACGCCGCGGGCACCGCCGCACACGCACACGUCUCCAUCUCGCCGCCCACGCAGGAAGAUUCCUUCCUCGCGGGGAUUCUUACGCAUUACCCCGCGAUAGCGGCAUUCACGCUCUCGCAAGCCGCCAGCUAUGAGCGCGUCCAGUCGGGUCUGUGGGCCGGGAGCGAGUGGGUCGCGUGGGGAACGCAGAAUCGAGAAACACCCAUCCGGAAGAUCAGCUCCGGGCACUGGGAGGUGAAGAGUCUGGAUGGUCUGGCGAAUAUGUAUCUUGCCGUGGCGGCGCUGCUGGGGGCCGGGUUGGCGGGUCUUAGGGGGGGUAUGGCGUUGGGGAUGAAGGAUUGUUUGUACGACCCAGCAACACUCACUCCCACCGCGCGCGCCGACCUCGGCAUCACGACGCAACUGCCCAAAUCCCUCUUAGAGAGUCUGGUGGCGUUAGGCACCGACUACGAGAUGCAUGAUAUCUUGGGCAAGGAACUUGUCGCGAUCUAUCUGAUCGUGAAGAAGUUGGAAGGACAGAAGUUGGAGAGUCUAGGUAGCGAGGAGGAGCAGAGGAGGUGGUUGGUUGAGAGGUAUUAA